AUGAAGCCAGUCAACCAAUUCUUGCUCUGGUUGUUGCCAUGGAUCCCAGGCACUCUAAGUGGGCUGACAACCCAGGCCGAGCUUCGAGUCAUGGAGGGUAACUCACUAAUUGUCCCAUGUCUUUAUGAGCCUCAGUAUGCCAGUUAUGUUAAGUACUGGUGCAAAGGAAAAACGAGGGAAUUUUGCACAAGCUUAGCCCGAACAGAUGACCCCAUCACUCACAGCCAGUCUGACAACAGAGUAAGUAUUUUUGAUGACCCGAUCCAGCAAGUCUUCACAGUGACAGUGAAGAACCUAAAGGAGGAGGAUUCCGGCUGGUACAUUUGUUGUGUGGAGCUUGGUGGAUUUUGGCAAGCUGAUGUCUGUGCAUUCACUUACGUCACAGUGAUCUCAGGAAUGUCGGUAGUGAAUGGCAGACUAAGUGAGGAGGAGGGACGUAGUGUCACAGUUCAAUGUCUUUACAGUCCAAGAUACAGAGAGAGUGAAAAGAUGUGGUGUAGGAGUGGAGACUGGAGCUCUUGCCUGGUGACAGGCAAUGAAGGCACCUAUGACGACGCAUCUGUGGCCAUCAAUGAUGACAGAACUGGGACUUUGACAAUUACCAUAAAGAAGCUGAAGAGGGGAGAUAUGGGCUGGUACUGGUGUUCUGCUGGACAAGAGAAGAUUCCAGUGCACGUGCAAGUCUUACACCGACCAUCAACUGCCACGUUGACAGCAGUGACUGUGACAACCCAAGCUGCAGCAAACCAGUCGGUUACAGAUGUAGCUGACCCCAAACCUAAAACAAAGGAUAGCUGGAAGUCUCGAAUUUUCACUGUGGAGUCCGUGACAUGUGCAUCAUUCAUAUUGCUUGUGGCCUUGGCUAUAUUAGCAAGCAGGAUGUGGAAACGUAAAUUCAUGGCCCUCCUCAAACCUCCUACUCCUCAACAGUUCAAAAUCAGAAGCCCUUCUAGUUGCCUGGUCACCUCCCGGAUCGACAACGGCUACUCGCUGUUCUUUGGUCUCCGUAAUAAAUACCUCCAGAAACUGCAGCUCCUCCAAAACUCUGUAGAACACCUAAUCACAGGAACCCCCACCACACACCACAUCAUCUUCUACUUUUCAUCUCUUUGUCUACCGUAUCCAUCUUACUACUUUCAGUUCAAGAGCGUUCAGUCAUUCUGCCCCUCGACUCUGGAACGCUCUACCUUCUGA